GGCAGACGGGCUCCGACAUUGAAAAUAGCCAGAACUGCUACCUUUCUUUUGGUUUUCAGCGUGAUGUGAUUGAAGAAGAUAUCUUGAACGAAAAAGCUUGCAUACAAGUCCUUCAAAUAUGGAUCGACAAAGCAGAUGACGAAAUCAAGAAACUCAAAGGCGAUAUAACAAUGCUUCAAUGUCAACUGUUGUGGGAUGACGAGGAGUGGUCUAAAACAUGUUCUUCUGCUUUGAGAGAAAAAAUCGAUUAUCUCAAUAUUUUGAUACAGAUCUUAAAGAAGGAAAUCGCAGAGGACUCCCCUCUACAGGGGAUUCAAAUACUACAACCUGAUAAAGUAGCUGAGAGACUGUAUGUCCUGGUGAAGCCUCUGCUGGACAAUCACCUCUCGGGAAAAAGCAUGAAGACUGAAAGUAGCACAGCGUGUGUGCCCAUCCUACCAGACGAUGGAAUCAGUGAGAAGAAGUUGGAAUCAAGCAAUUCGGGACAUGAAGUCACAGCGGAAAAAAUGAAAAGCAUUAGUCCACUUAAAACAUACGAGAGGAAGAAUACUGCCAUGGCACUUGGAGAGAAGAAAUCAAAUACCACCCCACAGGAGCCGCAUGCCUUGACUCGCAAGUUUACUGCAACUAGUCAAAUAUGUGAGAGUGACAAGUUGCAUGGAGUACCAGGGAAUCAAAUGUCAUGUUCUGCUAAGUUGGGGGGAAGUUCCAUAAUUAAGGAAGAGGUAAAAUCUUUAACUGCAAGUGCAAAAGAGAGGGGGAAGGGGAAGGACACCGGCAAGGUGGUUGUUUCCAAAGAAAAGUCCGCCCAACAGAAGAUUGAACGUGAAAGCAGAGAGGCUAGUUCACAUUUCGGGUCAAAUGAAACAGAAGUUGAGGCACUCUUUGAAAUCCUGAAAUCCUUUGAUUUUGAGAAUACAACUCAAACUUCAGUUAAGACACAGGAAGCAAGUGCAGAUGAGUUAAAGGGAAGUUCCAUUAAGCAAGAGCCACCUGAACCCGAGGUAAAAUCUACAACUGCGAAUGCUUCUACCGGAAAAGUUUGUUCAAAAGAGAAGGGGAAAGGGAAGGCCACCGGCAAGUUGGUUGUUUCGAAAGCAAAGCCCGCCCGACCGAAGCUUGAACGUGAAAGCACAGAGUCUAGUUCACAUUUGGAGUCAACUGAAACCGAAGGAGAG